AUGCGUACUGCUUCCGCUUUUACCGCCCUGUGUGGCUUGCAGGGUACCUUUGCUGCGGCUAGCACCGCCUGGCCCUGGCAGACCUACAAGUCCAGCCCCCAUGAGCCUCCUAGUCUCAAGAUCUCCAAGUCUGGCCCAACCAGCCCUGGUUAUCUAUUCUUUGACCAAUCAUGGGAUGCCCACCAGUACAGCGUCUUUAUUAUGUCAGACAGCAAUGAGCUCGUCUGGCAGAGCCCGUAUGGUGACUUGAAAGGUUUCCGAGUCCAAGAGCUCGAUGGAAAGCCAGUCUUGACUUACUUCAACGGUCUUGGUGUGCCGGAGCCAUUCGGCUGGGGGUAUGGUAUUGUUCAAGUUCUGGAUCAAAACUACAAGAGCAUCUACAAUGUCUCUGUGAUCAACAACAACUACAAGGCUUUGGGCAGCAUCAAUAGCACGUCCUUUGUUUCUUGGAUUGAUAUGCACGAAAACACGAUCACCUCUGAUGGCACCAUGCUGGUUACUGGGUAUAACGUGACGAAAUGUGAUCUCAGCUCUGUCGGUGGUCCCGAGAAUGGCUGGAUUGCGGACUCUCUUUUCUAUGAGAUUGAUGUCAAAACCAACGAUAUCCUGUUCCGUUGGAGUGCCAAGGAUCACCUUGACCAAAUUCCAUUGGAAGACGUGCAGCCAUUCUACCCAGUUGAAGAUUGGGGUCACAACAGCAGCACUCCAUACGGAUACUUUCACAUCAACUCCGUGGAGAAGUUCAACGAUGGCUCGUUCCUGAUUUCCUCCCGCUACUACUGCUCUCUGUUCAAGAUCUCCAAGGAUGGAUCUGUUGACUGGACUCUUCAAGGUCAAACCGGUGGUGACUUCGACCUGAAAGGAGUUCAGUGGGCGUAUCAGCACGAUGCCCGUAUCCACAAAGAACACGAGGAUGGAUUUGUGCUCAGCAUCUUUGAUAACGCCAAUUCCGAUGUUGUGAACGGAACUCAUCACACUGAAGGUAUGUUCAUGAAUGUCAACCUCGCCAAAAAUGAGGUCUCUUCUCUCCGAGCCCUUCAUGACCCCAGCGACGAGAUCUAUGCGUUGUCCCAAGGAAAUACUCAGCUGCUACCUGGGGGUCACGCAAUUAUGGGCUAUGGAUCCAAUCCAAAGAUCAAAGAGUACAACGCAAACGGUACUUGUGUGAUGACUGCUCAGUUCGGAGAGGAUGGAGUCAUUGCGAGUUAUCGGGCUUACCGCUCUCCGUGGGUAGGCAUUCCUACCACUGCGCCCGAUGUGUUUUCCUGCGUCGAUCAGUCACAGAACAAAACCAAUGUCUUUAUGAGCUGGAACGGAGCUACCGAGCACAAGCAGUGGAAAAUUUUCGGAGGCACCAAUCACACAGACUUGGACCCAGUCUCUGUCGCUCGUAGCACAGGCUUUGAGACAUCUGUGUCCGUCCAAGCGGGUCUGAAGUAUGUCCGUGUGGAAGCGCAUGGCAGAGGGAUUGAGAAAGGUGUUUCGAAGGUGGUUGCUGUGAAGCAUGCGUGUUGA